GGAAGGACUUUCUUUACAGCGUGUCUCUGCCCCUUUCUGCAUCAUUUGCCUCUCCACGCUGCGCCGCCACUCCUCUCUUUCACUCUGUACAGUUUUCCAGGAGGACCAGUUCCUGUCAGACUCCUUUCACACACACGCACACACACCUCAGCACGGACAUCUGCAGCACCGACCGAUAGUCAUGGCUUUACCGGACACUGCCCCUCUGCUCGUGGGACUUCUGCUCCUCUGUCAUGCUUUUAGAGCAUGGGCCUUAGUGGAGGUGAACAUGGAGGACAAAGUGGAGGUAAUGGCUGGAGAGACGGCGCAGAUCACCUGCAUGUUUACAACUGACGAGGGCCUGGGCGGCACCACCAUACAGUGGCUCUAUGUGCUACCUAAUAAGGAGAGAAAGAUAAUCUACAACAAAGAACCAAUGCAUGAGGCUGCAGAACAAAACACACCGUUCACGGGCCGGAUCAGCUUGAACGUCACUGGAACCGCUGCUGUGCUGGUUAUCAGAGAUGUAGGAGUGAUGGACAACUUGGAGUUUAUCUGUGUCAUCAAAACUCUCACACCUGAGGAAGCAGAGGGACGAACCCAGCUCCAAGUGUUUAAAUCACCAACCUUUCCUACAAUUGAGGCCGUGGAAACAGGGAUAUCAGUAAAUGAAGAAGAACCAUCCAAGAUUGGGUCUUGUAGGGUCAAAAACGGAUACCCAAAGCCGAAUAUCACUUGGUACAGAAACAACAUGCCUCUUCGCAAUACUCCACAUGAGGUGGAUGUAAAGUCCAGCAUCACUACUGAAUGGAGUGGUCUUUUCUCAGUCCAGAGUGAGCUGACAAUGAAAGUUAAGAAAGAGGACAAAGAUGCAGAGUUCUACUGCGAAGUCGUCUACUUUGUCCCUGGAGCAACCAAGAUGACUGAGACUCAACGCAUUAGCAUCACUGUAUACUAUCCCCCCACUGAAGUAAAUAUUUGGGUGGAGUCACCAAAGGGCAUAAUCAAGGAAGGGGACACGCUUGAGCUUCGCUGUGAAAACAACGGCAACUAUCCAUCCUCAAUCACCACAAUCAAGCACCAAAAUAGUGGCUACUCUGUGGAAAACAACAAAAUGGUGCGGACUAAUGUGACGCGUUUAGACGGUGGAGUUUAUAAUUGCACCUUUAUGGAAACGGAUAACUUUGAGGAGAUCUUAGGGAGUACUAAGGUGUCGGUUAAUUACCUUGAAUCGGCUGUUAUAACGCCUAAAAACAGCAUUACGGUGAUGGAAGGAGAGGAGCUGAAGGCCAGCUGCAAUGCCCUGUCUUCUCUCCAGACAUCCACAGCCUGGUUUAAGAAUGAAAAGUUGGUGUCAAAAGGCAACUCUUUGAGUGUGAAGAGCGCAACGUUUGAAACAGCAGGGAUGUAUAAGUGUGUUGUGACCGUUCCUGAGAUGGAGGGGAUGAAAACCAGCGGCACACUUCAAGUCAAUGUUAAGGGUUCGCCACAGAUUUUCGGGCCAGACGUCCAAGAAGUGGAGACUUAUGAGACAACUGUUAAUCUGAAUUGCAGUGCCAGAGGCUUUCCUGCUCCCACAAUUAUGUGGUCAACUUCUGAUGGGAAGAACCUAAAUGCAUUGCAAACAGAGACUGAAGAUGGCGCUCAGAGUGAGGUCACUUUCAAGAUCACCUCCAAUGUGAAAGUUUUCUGCAAUGCCAGCAAUGACUUUGGCUCUAAAGUGGUGGAGUUCAACAUCAAAGCCAUUUUAAACACCAUAUUAACAACAAUCACUUCCAUGCCAACAAUCAGCACUACCACACGAUCAACCACUACUAUAGCCAGUGACACAGUUGUACACACCACACCAACAACCACCACUACCACAUCAACCAAUACUAUAACUGAUGACACAGUUAUAUACAACACAUCAACUACCAAUACUACCAUACCAUCAACAAACAUUACCUUUAUCAAUGACACCGUUAUAUACAACACAUCAACUACCAAUACUACCAUACCAUCAACAAACAUUACCUUUAUCAAUGACACCGUUACACAAAACACAUCAACUAACUAUGUCAAUGACCCAGUUCAAACGCCCACCAAAUCACCGAAUAUCAAGAAAGAGAGCAAAGGUUUUGUUAUCGCAAUCAUCAUCAUCGCCAUCCUCCUUCUGGCUAUCUUGGGAAGCGUGCUCUAUUUCCUGUACAAGAAGGGCAGGAUCUGCGGCCGAUCUGGCAAGCAAGACUUCAGUAAGAGGAAGUCCAGCAAAGAUAACAUUGUGGUGGAGAUGAAAAGCGACAACACAGAGGAGGCGAUUCUCCUUGGGGUCAACGGAGAAAAGCAACAACCAAAUGACCAAUAAAGGCCGAUGAGCGUCUGCACGCGUGAAAGUGAGGAGGUGAGACACCGACGGCUGCUCCCGUUCUCCCCUCUCAGCCUCAGGCCCCGCUGCUGCCUUCAAGCACCCACAGCUUUUUAUUCCAAUCGUGACUAUCAGGAGAAAUGAAGUUAUUCCAAGCUAUGGCUUUUUCUCUUUCUGCCCUUUACGUGCCAGCUCCUCUGUUGGAAUGCAUCUCGAGCUUUAAUGAAGAAGGUUUGAAAGUUUCAUUUCAGAACUAAGAAAUCUCCCUUCAACCCCAAGGAAUGCCGUAGAUUCUCCUCACAGUGUACUGCUGAUAGUCCACAGAACAAUAAUUAGAGCACAAAGCCAACCAGGGACUAUUUUUAUACCCAAAAAAAGCAUCACCUCAGGCCCCUUCAGUCACCGAAGAGCAGCCUGAAACAGCUCAGCUAAUGUACAUAUUAUUAUCUAUGUAUAUAUUUCUUUAUUUAAAGUAACACAAUGGGGCGAAAAGAGAAAAAAAAGCAAGACUAGAUAGUGUGGUGGGUUUUUGUGUUUUUUUUUAAGAAAGAUAGCAAGGAGAGUUUAAGUAGAUAUUUUGUUUUUAUUAUUUUGUCUUUACACUGAAUUGUUUUUGUAGCUCUAGCGAUGCCUCACCUCUACAGCCAGUUCACAGCUUCACCAAAUAUUGGCUCUGAAAGAAAAAUUUGAAUCACGUAUCUUUCACAUUAUUUUGAUAUCUAUUCCUCUAACACUCAACUUUCCUUUCCCCAGAUUGUGUAUUUCACAUACACAACCUGCGGAGUGUAAAGUAUAUUAACCAAAGUCAUUUUGUGAGGCAGGUGAACAAAUCUAUGUUAUGCAGUCCAGUUAUAAAUGACCGAUGCCUUAGAAUCUACAUUCGAAGCCAUUUUUGUACUGUUAUAUUUAAUGUUCAGCGCACUGAUUUCUUUGGUGAUUCAUGCAGGCUUCACUUCUGUAAUCAUUUCUUUUGAAAAUUUAAAGUUGGAGGGUAAAACAGAGUAUUGGUGUUUGGUGAAUACACGUGGGUUCACGGCAUGAUGUUUCCUUCUUUAUAAGAAAAAGACUUUUCUGUGUGAUGAAUGAAGAAAUUCAUGUAUCGAGCAAAACUUGAAACGCUGUUGAAAACUGUUGGGUCCCAGAGAGACAUCAGAAUGCCCCUCAGCCUCGAUGCCUUAAAACAUCAACCACUCCUCAUUUAAGUGUAACCAGAGCCUUUCUUUUUCAUUUCGGUAACUAGACUAGACUUCACUACUGAGAAGAGGGGACUGACUUUGACUCCGCAUAUGCAAAUCAUGUUUGAAGACAGUUAAGCCUCUGUUUUGUUUCUGCUGUUGAUGCGAGUGACCACUGUUCAAUGUAUAAUGCCUUUUUAAAGACUGAAGGAUAAAAUAUGUUAUAAUAUCACUGAAGACAUUAUAACAUAUUUAACAACAAAUCUGAUUGUUUGUAGUUUUUUUUGUGAAAUUCUACCAAAUAAAAAUGGACUGUUAA